AUGGUGAGGAAGCCGGUCACCAAGGUCGAGGAGAUCAUUGUCGAAGUUCCCGUUGGGCUGCAGUGCGAGCUCUACGAGCAGGCUGGGCGCGUGAUCAGCAGGCGGGAGUACUCGGUUGGCGCUGAGGAGGAGAGCUUGUACAUGCAGGACAAAGGCCUCGGCGCCAUGACUGUGCCAUGGAAAAUCGAGCAGCAGGAACCUUGGGUGCGGGAGGCGCUGCUGUCAGAGCUGCACGAGCUGCGGCAGUCCAACGCCCUCCUGGCGCGGCAGAAUUCCUGGGUCGCGCAGGACCUCCGCGAGUACACGCGGCGGGUCGAGCUGCUGCGGGCAGACAUCGACCGUGAGCGGCGCGACACGCGCAGCAGGGACGGGGAGCAUCGGUGGAGCGGCACAGGCUCGCCGGUCGCCGCUGCCGCCCCGGCGGGGCAAGAGGCGGCGGAGCAGUCGAUCACCACCGAGCUCCCGAGCCCCGCCAGCCCGCUGCCCUGCUGA